CCCCGUCCGUGUUUCAACAAAUCCUCAAAGACAAACGUGUUUUCAGCAUGCAGAGAAUACCCAAGAGGGUUAAACAAGCUGAAGUAUUCUCCUCCGCCCAAGCACCGCCGCGUCUCACCGGCGAAGAGGAAUAUUCCGUCAUGGUCACCGCCCUGAAGCACGUGAUAGACGGCAGCGCGGCCGCAAUGGAGUCCAAUUUUGAUCAUUUCUUCACACCAUUCCAGUCUCUCUCCGCCGCCUCGACCUCGACCUCGACGGCGGCUUCGUGGCCGCCGUCCACCGCACGAACAGAGCUCCCGCCGGUGUUCCGCGUCCCGGAAGGACACACGUGCCAGUUCUGCGAGAUCAAGGGGUGUUUAGGCUGCAAUUUCUUCGGCGCGCCGGAGAUCGGCGCAGAAGAUAAGAAUAAGAAGAAAAAUACGGGGAAGAAGAAGAAGAAGAAUUACAGGGGCGUGAGGCAGAGGCCAUGGGGGAAAUGGGCGGCGGAGAUUCGAGACCCGCGUAAGGCGGCUAGAGUCUGGCUCGGAACUUUCAACACCGCGGAAGAAGCCGCCCGCGCUUACGACCGAGCCGCCAUCGAGUUCCGAGGCCCCCGAGCCAAGCUCAAUUUCUCCUUCGCCGAUUACACUUCAUACGCGCCGCCGGAGCAGAGUACUUCAAGCGUUUCUUCAUCUCAUCAUCAUCCUCCUCCUCAGCCUCUGUACCUACAACAACAACAACAAUCGCCGCAAAACAUGGAAUUCUUAGCAGGUACGAGGAAGGAAAAACAAGUCUGGGAAUCCGCCGGAGACCAAGAUUUUCAGGACUGGAUGAUGAUGAUGGAUUUCAACACCGACUCUUCUGAUUCAGCCAGCGGAAAUCUUCACAGCUUUUAAUAAAACAAGCUGACAAGAGAAAGAGCUCUGUUUUGUCAGAUUUUUUUUUAAGGCAUCCGAUAUUACUUUUACCAAAUUUGGUCCAAUCUGUACCAAAGAGACAUAAUUCAGACAAUUUUGAUUAAAUUUUAUGUAAUUAAUCAAAGUUGUAUUAUAAAUAGAUAACGUUUUUCUUAAGAACUAUGCUAAAAUAGAAGAGGAAUCAUUAUUCUGAGGUCGGCUAACAAUAACAUGUGUAAAUUGAAGCAUACAAAUCUAAAGUAUUUGACA